AUGGAUCCUUACAAGUAUCGUCCUUCAAGUGCAUACAAUGCCCCAUUUUGGACUACCAAUUCUGGUGCUCCGGUUUACAACAAUAACUCUUCAUUGACAGUUGGCACAAGAGGCCCAAUCCUUCUUGAGGAUUACCAUUUAGUGGAGAAACUAGCCAACUUUGACAGAGAACGCAUCCCUGAACGUGUUGUCCAUGCAAGAGGUGCCAGUGCAAAGGGUUUUUUCGAGGUCACACAUGACAUUUCUGCCCUCACAUGUGCUGACUUUCUUCGUGCCCCUGGCGUCCAAACUCCUGUCAUUGUUCGUUUCUCCACUGUUAUCCAUGAACGUGGAAGCCCUGAAACUCUCAGAGAUCCUAGAGGCUUUGCAGUAAAGUUCUACACCAGAGAGGGAAAUUUUGAUUUGGUGGGGAACAAUUUCCCAGUGUUCUUUAUUCGUGAUGGGAUGAAAUUUCCAGACAUGGUUCAUGCUCUGAAACCAAACCCUAAGUCUCACAUUCAAGAAGACUGGAGAAUUCUUGAUUUCUUUUCUCAUCAUCCUGAAAGUCUACACAUGUUCACAUUCCUUCAAGAUGACAUUGGUGUCCCACAAGAUUAUCGCCACAUGGAAGGCUCAGGAGUCAACACCUACACCCUAAUCAACAAAGCCGGAAAAGCAUACUAUGUUAAAUUCCACUGGAAACCAACAUGUGGGGUCAAGAGUCUUCUAGAAGAUGAAGCAAUCAAAGUUGGUGGAGCCAAUCACAGCCAUGCAACACAAGAUCUUUAUGACUCCAUUGCAGCUGGAAACUAUCCUGAAUGGAAGCUUUUCAUUCAGACCAUUGACCCUGAUCAUGAAGAUAGGUUUGACUUUGACCCUCUUGAUGUCACCAAGACAUGGCCUGAAGAUAUUCUGCCAUUGCAGCCUGUGGGGAGGAUGGUUUUGAACAAGAACAUUGAUAACUUUUUUGCUGAGAAUGAACAGCUGGCGUUUUGUCCUGCUAUUAUUGUCCCUGGUGUUUAUUAUUCUGAUGAUAAACUGCUUCAGACACGUAUUUUCUCUUAUGCUGAUACACAAAGACAUCGCCUUGGACCUAACUAUUUGCAGCUUCCUGCUAAUGCUCCUAAAUGUGCUCAUCAUAAUAAUCACCAUGAAGGUUUCAUGAACUUCAUGCAUAGAGAUGAGGAGAUCAAUUACUUCCCUUCAAGACAUGACCCUGCUCGCCAUGCUGAACAGUACCCUAUUCCCCCUGUUAGGUUGUCAGGAAAGCGUGAUAAGUGUGUGAUUGAGAAAGAGAACAACUUCAAACAGCCAGGAGAGAGAUACAGAUCCUUUGCUCCAGACAGACAAGAACGAUUCAUUAACAGAAUUGUUGGUGCUCUGUCUGACCCGCGGGUCACUCACGAGAUCCGCACAAUCUGGGUUUCAUACUGGUCUCAGGCUGACAAGUCUCUGGGGCAAAAGAUAGCUUCUCGCUUGAAUGUGAAGCCAAGUUACUGAAGGGUAAAAUUGGAAAAAGCCUUUGGGUUGUGGUAUACAAAAUAGUUUAGAUAAGUCUGUUUGAGUCGAAUGUGUUGUUAUCGAAUUGGUGUUGGAGUCGUUUCUUUAAUGGUUGUAAUGUGGAAUAACUUUGCAUGAUGCUAAUGAUGUGAUUGCUUCUUCCAAAUAAAAAUAAGUCAAAUGUUAUAAAUUCUUUUGUCAUGAAUUUGUGUUAUACGUUUGCAUUUCUAUAUGAUCUUUAUGAAUUAAUGGGGUUUAAAUUUGCAUGAAACUAUUAGC